AUGAAGACAAAGCACUUUCUCAUUUAAUUGUUAAUAUUUACAACUGUCUAAGCAAUAAGUAUAUAGCUGUUAUUUGAUCCUUGGUCUUAGGAAAGAUUUGAAAGAAUGUCAAGAGAAAAUGCAAGAUUGUUUAAUCCAUUAUUAUAAGUAUUGAAUAGAAUUGAUUUCAUAAGAGAGGCUAUCUCUAUUUUAGGGAUUUUAAGUUCGUUAAUGUAUUUAUUUGGAUCAAAGUUCUUUGGGCAAUUGACAAUUUUGUGGUUGGUUUGUUAUUGGGUGAUAUUCUUUAAUUUCAAUAUCUUGAGAAGUGAAAGAUUUUUUGCGUAUGUAUUACCUGGAACAUUUGGAAUAUGUUCAAUUUCAAAUACACUCUUAAAAACAUUGUGA